AUGAGUAUUGUUCAUCAUCGGUUCACUUUGUCAAUAGAGCAGUGCGGGACGUGCGUGGUGGAUGGCGGUCCUUUGACUGAGAAUGGUGCCGUUGGCUACACUUACGAUCCUGACGACUGUGGCGCAUACUGGGUGUGCAUUAGGCGCAGUGAGAGAGGUGACGAUGGUUGGAUGUACGAUGUUUUCAGGAGAGCCUGUGCACCUGGAACUCUCUGGAACCAGGACGUUCAGUCCUGUAGCCGGUGCUACGACGUGGCAGUAAUUUGCGAAAACUCUGGUCCGAAACCUCCCCUUGGCUCUGACCAGUGCGACAGAUACGUAGACGGUACAACGCUGCCUCCUCCGCCUCCAGUGGAACAGCCAGACCAUAACUGCACUGACGAUGCCGGUUUGAUGAAGUCCUCAGUAAUUGGUGAGGCAAGCAAAUUCUUUAUCCAUUAUCCCAACCACGAUCCUCUUGGUCCAGUUUCCUGUGAGCCUUACAACUUCAGCCUGUCGCUUUGCAAAUGCAAUGCCCCUGAAUAUGGUGGCGUCGAGUUCGGCUUCGAGGGCAGCUUCCAUACCGGAGGCAACAUUUCGGUCUGUCUACCUAACUCUCGUCGCAACGUGUACUUCGUCAACGAGUCCCGGGUUGAGGACCAGUCCGUGUACCUUGAUGGCAUGGGGCACAUCGAGUGUCUCCUUUUCAUACAAAAUAUCCCAAGGGCACCAUUUAGUGUAGCUCUGUGGGUCUAUGUGGAUCCCAUCGUCAGUGAUCAAAGAAAAGUGGCUUUGGUCAACAAUGCCAAGUGUAACAUCGCACCUACCUUUGAGUUGAGCGUGCAGGGUGGAGUGGUAGUUGUUACCAUUGUGACAGACAACGGUACUUUCUCAGCAAGCGGACAGUUGAGCGGAGCUUACCAGGGUGAGUGGCACCACUACCGUGCCUCUUACAAUGGCGCCAUCCUUUCACUGGACCUUGAGGGUUCUUUGGCCGCUGAGGUCCUUGCAGACGGUGAUUUGUUGAGCAAUGAGGCCGCAUGGGUCGUUGGCUUGAACUGCUAUCAAGAUACUCAGCAAGGGGCACCUACAUCUUCUCUCACUGGAUAUGUGAACCAGCUUUAUAUCGGCUUCGAGGAAUACAUAAGGCCUUAGAGAGAAACAGGUUUAUUGACCAGACAUGCAAGAUAUUUAUGCUAGAUAUAUUG